AUGGAUUUCAAAAGUAACUCGCUGUUGCUUCCCAAGAAAGGUGCCAAUCACAUCAAAAUGAAACCCGUCCCCGAGAUCCUGGGGAGCCCCCCCGGAAAGCCCCCCGGCUGCGAAGUGAACCGGGAGUGUUCUGUUUACCUGGGCAAGAGCCACCUUUCCGCCACACUACAGGACGACGUCAAGGCAAAAUACAACGGCCGCGAUGCCCUGCCCUUCAUCCCCGUGGAGAAGCUCCAGGAUCUCACCUGCCGCGUCUUCAACGGGGAGUCGGGGACACCGGACGCCAAGCUGCGCUUCGAGUCUCAGGACCUCCGGGAAGCCGCCACGCCCCCCAACACUACGCCGGCCAAGAACGGCUCGCCGGAAAUUAAACUGAAAAUCACUAAAACAUACAUGAACGGGAAGCCCCUCUUUGAGUCCUCCAUUUGUGGCGACAGCGUGCUGGGGGUCACCCAGGCGGAGCCAAAUCUGGGAAGCAAGGAGAAGAGAAGUAGGAAAAGGAGCAUCAAAUACGACUCCCUGCUGGAGCGAGGCGGUUUCGUGGAGGCAGCGUUGCUGUCCAGUUCGUCCGGUUCCUCUGACGAAAAGAUCUCUGCUGAAGAAGAAGAUGAGGAAGAUUCUUCUCUGGUGCCUGGGAAGGAGGACACGGUGCAGCUGCUGAAGUACAGCGUGGGAGACGUGGUCUGGUCCAAGGUGUCCGGCUACCCGUGGUGGCCCUGCAUGAUCUCCACCGACCCUCUUCUCCAUAGCUUCACCAAGCUCAACGGGCAGAAGAAGAGUUUUCGCCAGUAUCACGUGCAGUUUUUUGGGGAUGCGCCGGAACGAGCCUGGGUGUUUGAAAAAAGCCUGGUCGCCUUCAAAGGAGGGGAGCAGUUUGAGCAGCUGUGCCAGGAAAGUGCCAAGCAUUCCAUUAGCAAAGCCGAGAAGAUCAAGCUGCUGAAGCCGCUGUCGGGGAAGCUGCGUCCCCAGUGGGAGAUGGGGGUCAAGCAGGCCAAAGACGCCUUCUCCAUGCCCACGGAGGAGAGGAAGGCGAAGUACACCUUCAUUUACGUCAGGGGCAGGCCGGUCCUCAACCCCCAGGUGGCAAAGGAGGCUGGACUCGUGGUGAGGUCCUUGGAAGAGAUGGAUAAAAUUUAUUCGGACGAAGAUCUUUCUCAGACUCUGAAAUCCAGCAAAGAACACGACGUCCCAGCCAAAAGAGGGAGAAGGACCAAGUCGCUUUGCCCGAGCGAAUUGGAAGGCUUCGCCCCUCCCGAAAGAAGCCCGGAGGAGAGAGGAGGCGCAGGGGGGGCGGCUUUCGGUCGGAAGAAGGCCAUUCCCUACGCCCCCCGCGGCCGGAAAAGCGACGGAGUCCCCCAGUUCUUGGUCUUUUGCCAGAAGCACCGAGACGAGGUGGUGGCCGAGCACCCCGAGGCCUCGUGCGACGAGAUCGAAGAGCUGCUGGAGUCACAGUGGAACAUGCUUAGUGAAAAACAGAAAACACGCUAUAACACAAAAUUUGCCAUAGUGACCUCUCCCAAAUGUGAAGAAGACACUGGUAACUUAUAUGGAAAUAAAAGGAAACCUGUAAAGAGGACAAGGAAACCCACAGAAGAUUUUGAAGUUCAAGAAGCAUCUAGAAAAAGGCUGAGAAUGGAUAAGAAGAAUUAUCAGAAGAGGGAAAGGAGCAAUGACAAAACAGCGAAAACAAACUCCACUAAAGUCACAGAAACCUCACAAAAGAAGCAGCCAGGUCUCUCCGAUGCCUGUAAGCCACUGAAGAAGCGAAACCGGGCCUCAGAUUCUUCGCAUCUCCCUUAUAGCAAAAGUUCAUCUCCUUCCGCGUCCUUAACUGAGAAUGAGAUUUCAGAUGGUCCAGGAGAUGAAAGGUCGGAGUCGCCCUAUGAAAGUGCUGACGAGGGUCUUGGAGAGGUCUCCCAGCUGUCCAAGAAGGCUGACCGAGGGGCCACAGCCAGGAAGGAGUACCUGUGUCAGGUCUGUGAGAAGCCCGGGGAAGUGAUGCUGUGUGAAGGACGUUGUCUGGGGGCUUUCCAUGCCAGCUGCAGCGGCCUGUCUGGAAGGCCCAAAGGACAGUUUGUGUGCGACGAGUGCACUUCAGGUAUUCACACGUGUUUCGUGUGCAAGGAGAAGCAAUCGGAAAUUAAGCGCUGCAUCGUCUCUCACUGUGGGAAGUUUUACCAUGAAGCCUGUGUGAAAAAAUUCCCCCUCACCAUUUUUGAGAACCGGGGCUUCCGGUGCCCUUUGCACAGCUGCGAGAGUUGCCACGUUGCGAAUCCCUCAAACCCCAAAGUAUCUAAAGGCAAAAUGAUACGGUGUGUUCGCUGUCCGGUGGCUUACCAUGUGGGUGACAAUUGUGUGGCUGCUGGUUGUGCCAUGCUUUCCUCCAGUAGCAUUGUGUGUACCAACCACUUUACUGCCACCAAAGGGAAAAGCCACCAUGGCCACGUAAACGUCAGCUGGUGUUUUGUCUGCUCAAAAGGGGGGAGCCUGUUAUGUUGUGAGUCUUGUCCUGCUGCAUUUCAUCCUGACUGUUUAAACAUUGAAAUGCCAGAUGGGAGCUGGUUUUGCAACGACUGCAAAGCAGGGAAGAAAAUCCAUUUUCAAGAUAUUAUUUGGGUCAAACUGGGAAAUUACAGGUGGUGGCCAGCCGAAGUCUGCCAUCCCAAAAAUGUCCCCCCAAACAUCCAGAAAAUGAAGCAUGAGAUUGGAGAGUUCCCGGUGUUCUUCUUUGGCUCCAAAGACUACUACUGGACCCAUCAGGCUCGCGUCUUCCCCUACAUGGAAGGAGACCGGGGAAGUCGGUACCAAGCCAUCAAAGGAAUCGGGAAAGUCUUCAAAAAUGCUUUGCAAGACGCGGACACACGCUUCCGAGAGAUCAAGUUUCAGCGGGAAGCCAAAGAAACUCAAGAAAAUGAACGCAAACCUCCCCCUUACAAACAUAUCAAGGUCAACAAGCCCUUUGGGAGAGUCCAGAUCUGCACGGCGGACAUUUCGGAGAUCCCCAAGUGCAACUGCAAGCCCUCCGACGAGAACCCCUGCGGCCUCGACUCGGAGUGCCUGAACCGCAUGCUGAUGUACGAGUGCCACCCGCAGAUGUGCCCGGCCGGGGAGCGCUGCCAGAACCAGUGCUUCACCAAGCGCCAGUACCCCGAGACCAAGAUCAUCCGGACGGAGGGGAAGGGAUGGGGCCUGGUCUCCAAGAGGGACAUUAAGAAGGGCGAGUUCGUGAACGAGUACGUGGGCGAGGUGAUCGAUGAAGGAGAAUGCAUGGCGAGAAUCAAAUACGCUCAUGAAAACGACAUCACACACUUUUACAUGCUCACCAUCGAUAAGGACCGCAUCAUCGAUGCCGGACCAAAGGGGAACUAUUCUCGCUUCAUGAAUCACAGCUGCCAGCCCAACUGUGAGACCCUGAAAUGGACGGUGCAUGGAGACACCCGCGUGGGCCUGUUUGCCGUCUGCGACAUCCCUGCAGGGACAGAAUUAACCUUCAAUUACAACCUUGACUGCCUCGGCAACGAAAAGACGGUGUGCAAAUGUGGGGCUCCAAACUGCAGCGGCUUCCUUGGAGACAGGCCAAAGAAUUCAUCCUCCAAUGCCUCAGAAGAGAAAGGAAAGAAAGGCAAAAGAAGAGCAAAAAGGCGUAAAACAAAAAGCGAAGCCAGGAAAAAAACGGAGGAUUACUGCUUCCGCUGCGGAGAUGGAGGGCAGCUUGUCCUGUGUGACCGGAAGUCCUGCACCAAGGCCUAUCACCUCUCCUGCCUUGACUUGGUAAAACGUCCCUUCGGCAAAUGGGAAUGUCCCUGGCACCACUGCGAUGUGUGUGGCAAGCCCUCAGUUUCCUUCUGCCAUUUCUGUCCCAAUUCCUUCUGCAAGGACCACCAAGAGGAGGCCGUGCUGGAGCGCAACUGGAGCGGACAGUUGUUUUGCCCUGACCACAAUGGGGAGAACUUCGCCGAGAAGAAAGCCAGGCGGCCUCCUAGAAAACUCUCUUCCGCCAAAUGCAAGCGGCAAAGGAACAAGUGGAAGAGGACAUAAUAUUAAGAGGAACAAACUCGCCCCGCCAACCCCGUUUGCCCAAGGUUGCCUUGUAAAUAAGUUGUGAAUAGGGUCAGGGAAGGACACACUUUUACACGUCUUGCGCAAGAACUGGGGUUUUUUGGGGGGAGAGCGAGCGAUUUUUAAACCCACUGAGCCAACCGGCGGCAGGGCGCCUGCUGCAGCUGCACUGAUCAUGAACUCUGGCCUGCCAAGUUCAGACGUUUCAGGACAAACCAGGUUUUCUCUCCAGAAAUAAUGAGAAUACUUGAACUGUUAGGAAUGGAACAGUUCUUCCCUGCUGCUUCCUCAAGGGAGGCGUGUUGAUUUUCGACCAACGACCCCAUGUCUGUGGACAGUCUCGUAGCUUUUGAAAUAGUAGCCGCCGCCACUUGGAGGAGUUUUUGGUAGAGGGCCAGAGAGCGAGAGGAGGGAGGGAGGCCUCGAUUAGCUCUGGAAGCCCAACGUGGCGAGGAGAUCCGUUUGACAGGAUCGCAUUAAAUAAGAAGGGGGGAGGGGAGGGGGGAAAGCGUCAUACCAUGGCUUUUGAUUUUGUUUUGUUGUUUUAAUUGUACUGGCAUUCUUCUAUCAAGACAAGGAAGCAGCAGAUCUCUUGAACCCGUGGCCAGCCUUGGUCAUCUGUGCCUCAGGUCAACUGUUUUAGUUCCAAUAAGCAAAAAGAAAAAAGAAAAAUUGCAUUACCGGUGUCCUCUUUUAAAUGGAUAUUAAAAUAUGU